AAAUAAUCUGGUCAGAUAAGAUUAAUGAUAGGAAUGCAGUCAUACCUCCAUUUCCUUACCACGCAGGGAGGAGGAGCUCUACCUAAACAGGAUAAACAGGACAUGAGAGUAGAUAGCUCCAAACGACUUCACUGACAUUAACCUUAAAGGUUUAGAAGAAAACAGACAGGAUAAUUGGCACUUAUCAGAAUGGGUUGUUACACUGCACUCAUUGCUCUUCUGUUUAUCCUUCACACGGUAAAUGGACAGACUACUACAGCAACUCCACCAUCGAGCAAUACUGAUCCACCAUUGAGCUCAGCAGCCCCACAGUCAAGUGGGACUCCUGUCCAACAAACGAGGUCAAAUGAUCCACUGUCAAGCUCAACAGCCACUUCAUCCUCAACAACUUCACCAUCAGAUACAACAGCUUCAUCAGUUGGUAUAACACCCUCGUCAACAGAUGUAACACCCUCACUGGUUGGUGCUUCAUCUCAAGUGUCAAACACAGACAAUCCUACAUCUAUUGCAACAACUAAAGCAUCAAGUUUGACGCGUCAACGUCCAAAUGCAACAGCUCUGCCAUCAAAUGUAACAACUCCAUCUACCAAUACAAGCUCUCAGAGUGCAUGGACAACUCUGGCCACUACAGGCGGGUCAUUGAAUACCACUCAAUAUCACUUUAGCAAUUUGUCGAUACCAUUUCCUGGGAUUAAUGGAACUAGCCCAGUUCCUCUGGUGGCUUCAUUCUCAAGGAGAUGUUCUUCAAAUCCACCUCUGUGUUGUCUUGGGCUCAACAAUUCCUGUUUCAGAGGGUGCUUCUGUGAUGUGGCCUGUAUAAGGUUGGAAGAUUGCUGCCCAGACUUCCAGACAACUUGUGUGACAGGUGUGCAGAUUGGAUCAGCCACGGUGUCCUCAGUCUCCAACGCAACCAAUGCAACCAACGCAACCAAUGCAACCAACGCAACCAAUGCAACCAACGCAACCAACGCAACCAACGCAACCAACGCAACCAAUUCCACUUCCACAUCAUUCCCAGUGUUCUCAUUUCCAGGAAAUUGUUCUGCACAGCCGGCCUUGUGCUGUAAAGGUGCCAACGUGAACUGCUUCAGAGGGUGCUUCUGUGACGAGGUUUGUCAGACUCUAAAUGACUGCUGUCCUGACUAUGCAGAUACCUGCACAAAAGACAUUCAGAAGGUGAUUGGUAGUGGAACUAUAUCCAUUCUUGCUCCACCCAAUUCAACUGAUGCGUCUCUUGAAGUGUCUAUUCAGAAUGCUGCAUUACAGCUACAGACCUAUCUCAAGACAACAUACACUGAAAUCAGCUCCUUCAGAAUCAUCAAACUUAAGAAGACCGGAAAGACUUAAUUUGUAAAUCUUCUCAAACACAUCGAAAAUAUGUGAUUGCAUUUUAGAUUAGAUUGCAUUUUUCUUUCUCUCUAUGUGAUGAAACUAAACAUAAUUGAUUAUAUUACAACGUAAAGCACUUGUAAUAGAUACUUCUAAUGUAUAUCUGGUUUGAUGGGUACUAUGUGGGAGAACAAUAAUAUGUGAAUUGUAUUGGUCACAUACACAUAUUUAGCAGAUGUUUUUGUGGGUGUAGUGAAAUGCUUGUGUACAGAGAAAUGCUUUGCACGGCUGUCUGUGGAUGAGAUAUGUCUUUAAUGUAAUUUCUCAAAUAAAUUGUCAGACUUAUUGGACUAAACAUUCAA